GUAAUAUUUUUGUUUUAUUCUAACGCAACGUGGUAUUUUUACUUGAUUAACGAUGUCUUGAAGUUGGGUCAGACGAUCAGCCAUUUAGAUGGAUUAUGUGAAAACAUCGAAAACGGAAACUAAACAAAUUUACAAAACUGCGGAAAUAAUUUAGAAUAAAAACAAUGACGGAUGUGAUGAUAAACUGAUAAGAAGCGUGGUGCCGGCGAAUUUCAAAGAGGUUCGUUCGUGCCAUGUGUUUUCAACGUCUACGGGUGAGUGGCAAUGAUCCGUUCGCCGCGCCGCGCCGCUGCCGUUUCACGAAAAACGCCGAUAACGCACGACGAGCAGCGUUAUUCGGUUAUUCUUAUUUCCCCUAAAAUAUUUUUUUUUUCGAUUUGCUCAGACCAUUUUCACACGAUUAUAAAUUAAUAACGUCCUACGUUUCAAAGCCCGGUUUUUCCGCCUGACGCGGUGGACGAAGGCGAUUUUCAUGUCCAUCCGAUUGACCGCAAACACGAACGCCGUCGCAGUCGCAGUCGCACCCGUCGCCGCAGCCGCCGCCGUGACAGUCGAACGCGCCCCUGUACCUAACAUUUCGCGUUGGAUACUGUAGGUCUGUAGACCCGAAGUGAACGCGGUUACCACCCAGAUACCUACCACUGCGGCGGCAUUCGGCAGGACAGGUAAGAUAAAGUUAUUAGUGUUGCAGAAACCGUGACCACUUUUACCAUGAUAUUGUGUACUACCCACGGUAUAAUAAUAAUAUUAAUUCGCGUUUCCGGCGGACAGUCUCGUUAUCAACUGGGACUUGAACUAGCACCGCUUAGUAUCAUCCUUUUACGCUCCAUCUUACUUAUGGGUUCAAACGCGAUCCCUCUACGUAUUCUGUGGGGCUACGUUAAUUCGAUUAUUUGGAUGUAGUUGAAUUAUGGGAUGUACCAUCAAUACAUUUUCCCAAUUUUUCAAGGCAGUAAAGUGGGACGAAAUCUCCCCAUUGAUUUAUUUUCGACAUUUAAUUUUAAGGUGCCUAAAUAUUAAAUCAAGCACCCAAGCUGUGCUUAAUAUUUAAAAAAAAAAAUAUAGAUGUUAGGUUAGGUUGAUUUGAAAUUAUAAAUUUGAAAACUGUAAUAGUAGAUUAAUAGAAAUAUUAAAAAAUAAUUAAACUUAAUAGACUAAAUUUACUUAAUUUUAAAUUUUGUAAAUCGUAUUUUUAAAUUAUUGUUAUUAUUAUUCUUUAAGAAUAAUGAUAAUUUAAUCACCUAAUGUAAUAUAAUAUAACAGUGUCACCAAUCAAUACUCUUGAGUCUACCUAUACAAUUUCCUUAGACUUAGGUCUAUGGCCAUUUCUCACAGAAUUACUGUCUCUAAUUCCUUAUUAAUUUUUUGUUAAUAAAAUAAUAAAAUGAAUAAUUUUCAGGGUUUUUGUUGUUCACCAGAUUUUCGAAAAUUGAAAUAUAGGUAUUACAUGCAAUCAAUGCCUAGACAUUUAUAUUUCUGGACACAUAUAUUAGUAUUUCUAUUCACCCUCACCGUGUCUAUUAUGCUUGAUUUUUAUUUUGUGGUUUUUAAAUUUAAUUCUACUAUAUAUUUUAUUGAUAGGACUGACACAGUAAGAAAUAAAAUCAAUACAAAACUAAAAAGAAUCAUGGAGAAAGGCGAUAAGAAGAAUAAUGACUGCUACUUUUAUUACUAUUCUACUUGCAUGAAGGUUGGUUUGUAUUUUUUUGAAACAAUUAAAAUGAUAUUUACAGUUAAUGCAAAUUAAAUAUUAUUCUGGUAUUUUUUCAUAAUUAUUUAUUUCAAUCCAUCACUAUAAAUUUGUUUUUUACUACAAAAGUUAAAAAGAACUGGUAAUUUGGUGUUUGGUGUAGUAUAAUGGUAUUUACUAUUUGAUUAUGGUAAGGAGGAAAAAUCGGAAAACUAUAAUACUUAAAUUUUAUAGGGUGAUAAAUGUCCAUUUCGUCAUGAACCGCAAGCGCUAGGAUGUGAAAUGGUUUGUAGUUUUUGGCAAAGUGGAAAAUGUGAAAAUGAUCAUUGCACAUUGCGUCAUAUGGAACUUAAGGUAACUUAAAAUUAAAUUACUUGAUGGACUUUUGUUUUAUUUAUUAAUUUUAUAAUAUACAAUUACCUAAAAUCUAUAUUGUCACACAAAAGUUUCAUUUGAAUAAUGUAAUCAUCUAUUAGUCAUUCUAGUGGUUUUUAUUUUAUUAUUAAUAUUUAUUUCUUCAAUGAUAGUGAUAGUAAAAAUACUCUAAUUUUUUUUUUUAGAAAAAUAGGAAAGCAAUUCCAUGUUAUUGGGAAAAACAACCAACUGGAUGUCGCAAACCGUAUUGUGCAUUUUUACACACUAAACCACGUGAUCCAACUCAAGAUCCAGGUAUAUAAUGCUAAACUUCUAAACUUAGUAAAUUAUAACCAUUAUUAUAUAUUUUACAUUUUUUCAAUUAAUUUUUUUAUUAUGUAAAAAUAAAGGUGUUUAAUUUAUUUACCAUAUAGAAUGUGAAAGAUAAUAGUAUCUACCAAUUAUAUGCAUAAAAAUAUUAGCCAAUCAAUAUUUUUUUUUUUUUUUUUUUUUUUUUUUAUGAUAUGAAUAUAUUUAAAAAAAAUAUAUAUAUUUAAUUAAAUAAUUAUGUAUUAUACUUAAUAGAUAUUCUUUAUGAAUAAAUACAAAUAAAAUAUAAUGCGUAUACUUAUUAUAGGUUAUGAACUUAUCAAAACUUCAGUUGAUUUAAAAUUAUUAUUAGAUUUUUAUUAAGUUUAUUAUUUUAUAUUUCAUAAUAUUUUACAUAUUAAUUACUAAUACAUUAAUAUGAUUAAUCAUGAAAUGUAUUUUUUUUAUUAUAAUUUAAUACUGAUUUAGGAGCUAUUGCGAUGGCAGCUAACACAAUGGCAAUUGAAAAUAGCUUUCGCAUGAACCAAAUGGCUGGUGUUGCAUUAACUGCUGGUCCUGAAGCAGCAUUGCGACAACGUUACGACCAGCCAUUACGAAUGAAUUGACAACCAAUGAACGCAAGCUCGGCAUCUACUGUUUAUGGCAGUUCUGUUGUCACACUGCCAUACGUAUUCAACAAUAAUCAAUCCACUGCUGCCAUGUUUCUUGAUCAUUGCAACUUCAACGCAUUCAUGUAAAAUUCAAUACUGAUGAUGAAAAAUGUUUAAAAAAAACUGUUUUCCUAGAAAUUUUCAUAUUCUUAUGGUACAAGGCAGAACUGUUUCAUUCUUAAACAAUUGCAAUAUUUAACAACUUAUGGCCGAAGCUUGUUUAUUUCUCUUUGUUUUUCUUAAUGGACAUUUUAUUAUUACAACAUACUGUUAUUAUUUAUUUUAUUAUUAUUAUGAUUAUUAUUUUUUUUUAAAUUAAUUUUAAAAUUCAGGACUUGUUUAAUAUGGACAUCAUGUUUUUAUCUGCACAGUAGUUCAUAAAAAAAUAAAACGUGUGUUGCAUAAUUCCAUGUUUAUUCAGCUCAAUUUCUAUUAAUCUGUUUACAUUCUAAAUGCUUUUCAAAAAGUCAUGAAUUAAUGCUUUUUUGUUUUGAUCUUAUAUUAUUAUUUAAAUGUUAACAACUAUGAAUAGAUAAUUCUAGUUUUUUUGUUUUGAUUUGAAAAAUAAUUAUUUAAAUAGAAUAAAAAUGUGCAAACUAAAUUUAUAUACAUAAUUCACAUAUUAUUAUGUCAAAAAAGUAGACAUGUCUAGUCUAUGCACAUUUACUAUUAUCAUACUGAAUAUAUAGUAAAAAGAAAAGAAACAAUUACCAGUAAUAUAAGUUGUUAUUAAAUAGUUUAGUUCAUGUUAUUUAUUUAUAACUUUUUUUCGUUAUUGUUCACUAUUCUUGGGAUAAUGUAGCGCAUCCAGUAUUAUCUGUGAAAAAUAUGUAUAUUUUUUUGCUCAGUUCUGGUCCAAUACGACGAUUGGAAGCUAAUGGACCGAAACCUCGACGGACCUUAAAUUUGUAAUAAUUUUUUUUUUUUUUUUAACCACUAAUUUGAAUGCAAAUAUAUAUAUUAUAUAUCUAAUGCUAUUAUAAUGUUAAAAUAUACACUUACGGGAAUAUCCUGUAGUAAUGUUUCUCCUUCUAAUCUUGUGCUACAAUUAUCAUACGCCUAGAUUAAAAUUGUAAUAUUAUACAUUUAUAAAUAUGAAAAGUAAUGAAAAUUAAAUGCAUUAGAAAAUUUGUAUAUACAUAUUUAUAUAUUAUAUAUUUUUUUUUUUUUAAUUUGCCUAAAAUAAUUUUGUUUGUGAAACAAUAAUAGGUAAUUAAUAAAUUGUUUACAUUUACUUGUAAUAAUGCAAUAGGUGAACUGUACACUGAUGCAAUUGCUUCACUAGUUUCGAGAGCACAUAGCGGAAAUUGUGAGAGCAUUUGCCUCCAUAAUUGAGUUAAACCAGUACCAUUUUUAUCAAUUGUUAUACAAUUUUUUGUAUGACCAGAUGCAUACCAAUCACAUCCAUCUUGCUCUUCUUUGUAUUUAUUCAAUCUUAAAAACAAAUAACAAUAUUCAGUAUAAGGUUUUUAUAAUUAAAUUAGAAUGUAAUAUUUAAUUACUUGUAUGGCCUCUGUGCAAUUGAUUUAGUAAAAUAUAAAAUUGCCAAUCCAAUGUCAUUUUUAUUUUCUAUAAAACGAAAUGAAACAUGACAACACAAUAACAUUUGUUGUAAAUUAUUCAAUAUAUUUGAACUACUGAAAAUUAAAUAGUUUUUAACAGCUUAGUAUUUUGAAUUUUAUUUUUAAAAACAAGUAUACCUACCUAGAAUUCUUCUUAGAUUUGGUUUUCCUACACAAUAGUAAAAUACAAAUUGAAAAUAAAAUCAAAUAGUUAUUUAAAAAAAUAUAUAUAAAUAUAUACAUACUUAAGCUGAACAGCAGUGCUAUAUAUUAUAAUUGAAAGUUUUGGUUUAUAUAAUUUCAAAUUAUUAAUUUGUUCUAUUAAUUGAUUAGAAACAAUUAAAUUUGUAACAUAAUCAAAAUCCCAGAUUAAAAGCAUGAAAUGUUCAUCUUCACUGAUAUUAUCUGAC